CGGAGGGUUGUCAAAGCUUCGGGAAGCGGCUCUGGGCUACCUGGGGUUUCCCAGAGUCGCCAGUUCCCCCCUUGAGGAUGGAGCUGUCGCGGGGAGCCAGCGUCCCCGACCCGGACGACGUCCGGCCUCUCAAACCGUGUCUGCUACGCCGCAACCACAGCCGUGAUCAGCACGGCGUGGCAGCCUCUAGUCUCGAGGAGCUGAAGAGCAAAGCCUGUGAACUCCUAGCCAUUGAUAAGUCCCUGACGCCGAUCACCCUGGUCCUGGCCGAGGACGGAACAAUAGUGGACGAUGAUGACUACUUCCUCUGCCUCCCUUCCAAUACGAAGUUGGUGGCAUUGACCUGCAAUGAGAAGUGGAUAUAUAAUGAUUCUGAUGGAGGGACAGCUUGGGUUUCCCAAGAGUCCUUUGAGGUGGAUCAGACGGACAGCGGGGCAGGGGUGAAGUGGAAGAAUGUGGCCAGGCAGCUGAAAGAAGAUCUGUCCAGCAUCAUCCUGCUGUCAGAAGAGGACCUCCAAGUGCUCAUCGACAUCCCGUGUGCAGAGCUAGCUCAGGAACUCUGCCAAAGCUGCGCCACUGUCCAGGGGCUGCAGAGCACACUCCAACAGGUGCUUGACCAGAGAGAGGAAGCCCGGCAGUCCAAGCAGCUCCUGGAACUUUACCUCCAGGCCUUGGAGAAAGAGGGCAACAUCUUGUCCAACCAGAAAGAGUCCAAAGCUGCCCUCAGUGAAGAGCUGGAUGCAGUUGACACAGGCGUCAGCAGAGAGAUGGCUCCGGAAGUGCGGCUCAGAAGCCAGAUCCUUGCCACACUGAAGGAGAAGCCUGCCCCAGAGCUGAGUUUAUCUAGUCAGGACUUGGAGUCCGUCUCCAAGGAGGACCCCAAAGCCCUGGCUGUCGCUCUGAGCUGGGACAUAAGGAAGGCAGAGACAGUCCAGCAGGCCUGCACCACGGAGCUCGCCCUGCGGCUACAGCAAGUGCAGAGCUUGCAUUCACUCAGGAAUCUUUCGGCAAGGAGGAGCCCACUGCCUGGGGAACCACAGCGCCCCAAAAGAGCCAAACGAGACUCCUCUUAGCCAAACUGGAGAAGAUGAGCUUUGCUGUCAGUAAACACCUUUCUGUGGUCGUGUUACCACCCACACUCCCCCCACCCCCUCCAGCCCAGAUGUGAGCUCUUCUUCCAGGAAAGCGGUUCAUGGCUGUGCAUACGCCCCUCUACCUCCUUUUACUGUAUUGGGAUUUCCAUUUUGUUUUCUUAUCUGUAGGAGUGUUUUGCCUGCAUGUAUAUCUGUGUACCUCAUGUCCAU